UGGCACAGUUGUGCACUCAUUUUGAUUGGGCUGAGAAUAUUUGAUCCGCAUAAUUGAAACACAGGCGCGCCACUUCGGGACAUGGCGAAUAUAGCAAGAAUGUAGCAGACUUCCUUGACUUAAUCAAAUGAAAAGCGAUGCGGUUAUUCGGGCAAUGACUACAGUAGCUUGGCGUAGUAGCAAAGUAGUGAAUGAGGGGGAAAAAAAAGCACUAAGAGAUUGCCAUCAAAAAAAUAUAUAAAAGAGGCUACUUAGUAGGCUCUUUCGGCUUUUGGAUUACUCUUAAACAACGUUUAUUCUCUAAAAUGUAUCACGCUACUAGUGCUUCCACAAACGAUACCUCUUCAGUUACCUAUGAUAGUAACCCUGUACCUAUAAAGAUUGUUAUUUUCUGCAACAAUAAUGCACCAUUAGAAUUCACUUUUGCGCCUGAAAAGCUUUCCUGGGACAGUCUUAUUGUUAUAAUGCAAUCAUCAUCAGGUUCUUCUUUAGAAUUGCCUUUGAUUCUUUACUACACAACUGCCGCUCAACCUCAAACCGUCUUGUCUGUGGAAAAUCAAGAACAAUUAAAAGAUUUGUUAAGGUCACUUCUGACAUCCAUACCUCUGCCUACUGGCGAUGACAGCAACACCAACCAAAGCAACAGUAUGAUGACUCUACGUUUCUAUAUGGAUAAAGACAAAGUGAUGACUCCUGUUUUCGUAUCCUCAGCAGCAGCUUUUAACCGUCUCUCUGAACUUAUCAAUGAACAUCAAUGGGUCAUUCAAAAUAGUCGUUGUAUUGUUCGUUGGAUUGGUAUGCUUGCUUCUUAUAUUGCGUUGAAUGGUUGUUCUGGUAAUAAUUCUUUCGAGCCUGAAUUCAGGGCUCUUGAGAGAAUGAUUGAAAGAAAAGCGAUGAAGAUGAAAUACAAUGCUACUACUGCUACCGCUGCCACGACUUCCACGGCUGUACCCGAUGAGAAACAACCGGAGAAUAGUGCUCUUUCUGCGGGUGAAGGUCAGGAUUUUUCUCAAGAAAGACCUCGUUGUCCUGCUAUUGACACUGAAGAAACAGAAGAUGGAGAAGAAGGCGUAAGAGGAUUUCCUCCUCACCCACCUCACUUUAUGGAUCCUCGAAUGAUGCGCGGUCCCCAUAUGCGCCAUCCUUUUGCAUUUGGUCCCCAUCCCCACCACGGCCAUCCGUUUGGUUUUGGUAGUGGUUUUGAUUUUGAUAAAAGAAGAAUGUUUCAUGAUAGCCAUCCUCGUUGCCAAGAAGGUGACGAGCCACUGUUUAAUGGUUUAGGUGAUUUCUUAUGGGGCAGUGAUCGUCACCCUCAUGGUCCUUGUGGUAUUCCUGGUCCUUUUGGUCCUCCUGGCCAUUUUGGUCCUUCUGGCCAUUUUGGUCCUUUUGCCGGUGCUGAAAAUGAUUUCUUUGGUCAUUUCCAUGGUAGAGGUCGACCACCACAUCAUCCUUUCUUUAGUCCUCGUGGUUUCUUUGGUGAUGGUUUCCCUCAUGGUGAUAACAGAGGAAGUGGUUCUUUUACGCAGCAACAACAGCAGCAUCCCCAUUGUCCCCCUUAUGGUCCCUUUGCUCACUUUAUGGCAAGUGAAAAAGGAGGCGAAAAUACCUUUGGUUGUCCUCAUGGUUUAGGUGGAGGUAAAAGAGAUUAUGGUUGUCGUCGUCAUCAUCCUUAUCCUCAUCCUCAUCGAGGUGUCCCUUUUUGUCCGGAAUCUUCCAGUGACUCUGAUAUGGAAGUUUGUUUCGAUAACUGGGGUAAUCGCCCUCAUCAAACAGGUGCUCACUUUCGUGGAGGCAGCUGCCAUUUUCACUGUCCUAAUGAGCAACAAGUAGAACAAGAAGAACAAGAGGGUGAAAUAUCCAAAAAAUUCGAUCAUUUAAACUGUGAAGAAACAGCAACAAAAUCAACAACGGGAAGAAGAUGAGUUAGGAAGGAAACUGCUAUGCGGUCAAGAAGAUCAUGUUUACGUAAUGCCGAUAAAAGAAUUUGAAAGACUUGCUCGCGGUAUUCGCAAAGGACAUAAAUUUGGUGGUCAUUUUGGCAUUCCAAAAUAUUAUUUUGCUAUC